AUGGGGAAGAAGAAACUGAGGCUGCAAACUCAAGACUCCAAUGUUAUAUUGGACAAUGGAUUGUUGAAAGUGACAAUAUCAAACCCCCAAGGAUAUGUAAGUGGUAUCAAGUAUGGAGGCAUGGACAAUUUGUUAGAUGUAAAAUCAAGCGAAUCUAAGAGAGGAUACUGGGAUAUCAAUUGGAGUUGGCCUGGAGGCAAGGACAGAUACCAACUGCUUAAAGGAUCUGAAUUUAAUGUAAUCAACACAAGUGAUGACAUCAUCGAGCUAUCGUUCAAGAAAGUUUUUAACCAGUCGAGUCAAGGCAACAAACUUCCCCUUGGAGUAGACAUAAGGUAUGUAAUGAGGACUGGUAUUCCAGGCUUCUAUUGCUACGCGAUCUAUGAGCACCCUUCGGAAUGCCGGGCGUUCGAUCUUGCUCAGACAAGGAUGGUGUUUAAAUUGCGAAAAGAGAAGUUCCACUACAUGGCAAUUUCAGAUGAGAAGCAAAGAAUAAUGCCAAUGCCAGAGGAUUUGCAUCGAGGCAGAGGUGAACAACUAAUUGUACCUGAGUCAGUCUUGCUUGUAAAUCCUAUUAAUCCUGAUCUGAAAGGAGAGAUGUUUCAUGGAACCCAUUACAUUGGAGAAGACAUACUCACACAAAUUAAGGAGGGAGAGACAUGGAGAAAGGUGUUUGGUCCUUUUCUUGUAUACCUUAACUCCACCCCAGAUGUAUCAGAAGCACACAAUUUAUGGAUAGAUGCAAAAGAACAGAGAAUGCUAGAGGAGGAGGCAUGGCCCUAUGAUUUUGUCUCUUCUUCCUUUUAUUUCAUAGCAAAUGAACGUGGUUCCAUUUCAGGAAGACUAUUAGUCCAAGACAGGUAUGUUUCAAGUUCCUCAAUCCCUGCUAGAGAUGCACAUAUUGGUUUAUCCGCUGCUAGGGAAGAAGGUGCCUGGCAAACAGAGAGCAAGGAAUAUCAAUUUUGGGUACAAACAGAUUCCAAUGGAGAUUUCACCAUCAGAAACAUUAUUCCUGGAGUCUAUGGGCUUCAUGGUUGGGUACCAGGAUUCAUUGGGGAUUAUCUUCACAAAUCACUAGUAACAGUAUCUGCAGGUCCUUUGCUCUUUUCCACUGAAGUUUUUCUGCUUCCUAUGUCAAAUUAG